UCCAAAUUCAGCCACAUACUCUUCUUUUCAUCUCUUUCAAUUUCUUCUCUCUCUCUCAAGAAUCUCCUCCAAAUUCCCCCUAUUCCUUUUUCUCAUCAAUUUCCAUGGCGGGUAAUGGGGUUUUUGCAGAGAUUCUCGAUGGUGAAGUCUACAAAUACUAUUCCGAGGGUGAAUGGAAGAAAUCCUCCUCGGGGAAAUCCGUCGCCAUUAUCAACCCCACUACAAGGAAGACUCAGUACAGAGUUCAAGCUUGUAACCAAGAGGAGGUUAAUAAAGUGAUGGAAAUAGCCAAAACUGCUCAGAAAUCAUGGGCAAAGACUCCAUUGUGGAAGAGAGCAGAGCUACUACACAAAGCUGCUGCAAUUUUGAAAGAACACAAAGCCCCCAUUGCUGAAUGUUUGGUGAAGGAAAUUGCAAAACCAGCCAAAGAUGCAGUGACUGAGGUUGUGAGGUCUGGGGAUCUUGUUUCAUAUUGUGCUGAAGAAGGUGUUAGGAUCUUGGGUGAGGGGAAGUUCUUGGUUUCCGACAGUUUCCCUGGAAAUGAAAGGACCAAAUAUUGCCUUACUUCCAAGAUCCCUCUUGGUGUGAUUUUAGCCAUUCCUCCAUUCAACUAUCCUGUCAAUUUGGCUGUUUCAAAAAUUGCCCCCGCUUUGAUUGCUGGAAAUUCUAUCGUCCUCAAGCCUCCAACUCAGGGCGCAGUUUCUGCUCUCCACAUGGUACAUUGCUUCCACCUAGCUGGUUUUCCAAAAGGCCUUAUUAGUUGUGUCACUGGAAAAGGUUCCGAGAUAGGUGAUUUCCUCACGAUGCAUCCAGGUGUCGACUGUAUAAGCUUUACUGGUGGGGAUACCGGUAUUGCAAUUUCAAAGAAAGCAGGCAUGAUACCUCUUCAGAUGGAACUGGGAGGCAAAGACGCCUGCAUUGUGCUCCAGGAUGCAGAUCUCGAUUUAGUUGCUGCUAACAUUAUAAAGGGAGGCUUUUCUUACAGUGGCCAAAGGUGUACUGCCGUAAAAGUUGUUUUGGUAAUGGAGUCCGUCGCAGAUGCUUUAGUCGAGAAAGUAAAGGCACGGGUGGCUAAAUUAACUGUUGGUGCCCCUGAAGAUGACUCAGAUAUUACUCCAGUCGUGACCGAAUCCUCGGCGAAUUUUAUUGAAGGGUUGGUAAUGGAUGCAAAGGAAAAGGGAGCAACAUUUUGCCAAGAGUACAGAAGAGAGGGCAACCUGAUUUGGCCCUUGUUAUUAGAUAAUGUUAGGCCUGAUAUGAGGAUUGCAUGGGAGGAACCUUUUGGUCCAGUUUUGCCAGUCAUUAGGAUCAGUUCUAUUGAAGAAGGAAUCCACCAUUGUAAUGCUAGCAACUUUGGACUUCAGGGAUGUGUCUUCACAAAGGACAUUAACAAGGCGAUAUUGAUAAGCGACGCAAUGGAAACUGGAACAGUUCAAAUCAACUCUGCACCUGCUCGAGGACCUGAUCAUUUCCCAUUCCAGGGAAUCAAGGACAGUGGAAUUGGUUCUCAAGGUGUUACCAACAGCAUCAACAUGAUGACCAAAGUGAAGACAACAGUUAUCAACUUGCCAACACCUUCGUACACCAUGGGAACCAAGUCUAUUAGUAAGAGAGGCCUAGGGUCCAAAUUGUGAGUGGAUUUGACAAUGUGGGCAGAAAUAGAGCUACAAAAUUGAAAAGCCAGCCACUGAAGAUCCCCAAAAUUUUGGUAUUUCCCAGCAAUUUUAACUAGGUUAGAUUAGUCAUUAGUGUUUAAUAAUAAUAAUAACAAUAAUAAUAAUAAUAAUAAUAAACUAAUGCAAAAUUUUCAAUGGUGGAUUAGUAUUAGACUUUCCUUAUGAUUUUCUUUGUAGUUCCUUUUUUCCAUCGGAAUCAAUGGUGUAAUAAUGUUUUGAUUUGCCUCUCAAUCAUUAAUAAAUUAAAAUUCCCAUA